AGAGGAAUGUUCCUUCAAUUAUCCCUGGGUACGGUACUUAGUAAGCCCAUGCCCCAUCGUGGUAAUCCGUGAUCGUGCAAUUCCCGGCGGCGGGAGCAAGGUGGCAUUUGGGAUUACGAGUAGUUUACUGAUCUGGAUUUCACCUAGCAUUAUAUUUCUGUACUGACUUGGACACGAGGUCUGCAAUACAUCAUCCACUCGAUGGUCCCUGGACUAGCAUAAACGCGAGCCUAUCGCUGCCUCCGGGACAGACUCACCGACACACUACACACCUCCUGUCCAACAACCAAUCGACAUGGUGCGCAGCUGGCAACUCUGGCUGUCGCCACGGCCGCUGCGGCGCACGGAAACCCCCGUCGAGCCGCGGAUGCUCUCUGCACACGAUGCCUCACUCUACGAGUUCAUAUACGAGGCCGACGGCCGUCUCGUCGUCCAGGAGACGCAUUACGCGAGCAGCAAGCAUGUCCGGCAAGGCGCUUCGGGUCCGCCGCUGCAUAUCCACCCGCGGCAAUCUGAGUACUUCCAGGUGCUCCAGGGAACGUUAGCCGCGGUCAAGAACGAGAAACAAGUUAGACUUACCAAGGACGACGGCAUCCUGGCCAUUGAGCCCGGCGCCCGGCACAGAUUCUGGGCGGACUCGUCCAUCAACUCCACCCACGAAGACCUGAUCUUCCAAGUCCGGGCCGAGCCGCAAGACGUCGAGCGCGGCUUCGACGAGAACUUCCUGCGCAAUAUCACAGGCUAUAUGCGCGAUUGCGCGCAGCAGGGCGUUCCGCCCUCCCUCUUCCAGAUCGCCCUGUUCGGCUGGGCCGGCGACACCCUCCUCAUCUGCCCGCCCUUCUACGUGCCGCUGUGGAUCCUGGAGGCGGCUCAGUAUGUGGCGGGUCAUGUCGUGGGAUAUCACUUGCUGGGAUAUAGAGCCACAUACCCCGAGUACAACACCAAGCCGCGAGAGCGGUUUCCUGGGAACGGUACCAAGAAGACGGUGUAGACCAGUCAAGCAUAACGCUAGGGAUAUAUGGCGGCGUGACCGGGAGCGAUCUCAUCCUAGCGGAAGAUUUCAUAUAUACCUUAGGUACCAUGUCUCACUACACCAACACCUCACAUAUAGAUCCAAUUAAGCUCCAUAAGACAUCGCUGCGUUUCGGUACCCGGUAGAAGCGGCUAGAGUGUUUUGUCCAGCCGGCGUCGUUAACUUUGUCGCCACGAUUCAUGGAGAGAGGGG